GCGACGCAGGGACGACGAGCGCUAGAGCGAUAAACCCACUCUGAGCUCACCAGGGUCGGGGAUAAAGCCAGUGAAACCCACCGUCCUGCUUUCACCGAGUUUUCAUAUUCCAUCACUUCAUCAAAGAGAGGGAUGAACGGCGACUCAGGUGCCGGCGUGGUGACGGCGCCCCCGCCCACCACAGCCCCCCACAAAGAGCGGUACUUCGACCGCGUGGAUGAGAGCAGCCCGGAGUACCAGAGGGAGAGGAACAUGGCGCCCGACCUGCGGCAGGACUUCAACAUGAUGGAGCAGAGGAAGAGGGUCUCCAUGAUACUGCAGAGCCCGGCAUUCUGCGAUGAGCUGGAGACGAUGAUCCAGGAUCAGCUGCAGAAGGGGAAGACGCCCACCAGCCUGCUGGCUCUGCAGCAGAUUGCAGACUUCAUGAACACCAGCAUGCCUUCCAUGUAUCCAGCUGCGCCACAGGGAGGCAUGGCAUCGCUCAACAUGAGUUUGGGUAUGGUGACUCCGGUGAAUGAUCUGCGCGGCUCGGACUCUAUUUCCUACGACAAGGGCGAGAAGCAGCAUCGCUGCAAGCUGGCCGCCUUUUACCGGCUCGCCGACUUGUUCGGCUGGUCCGAGCUCAUCUUCAACCACCUCACAGUCAAGGUGAACUCGGAUGAGGACCGCUUCCUAAUCAUCCCUUUUGGGCUGCUGUACAGUGAAGUCACUGCCUCCAGUCUGGUGAAAGUCAACUUUCAAGGUGAGAUAGUUGACCGGGGAAGCACCAAUCUCGGGGUCAACCUGGCCGGCUUCAAUCUCCACAGUGCCAUCUACGCCGCACGGCCCGACGUCAAGUGCGUCGUGCACAUACACACGGCUGCGGGCGCCGCGGUGUCGGCUAUGAAAUGCGGCCUGUUGCCCAUCUCGCCUGAGGCACUGUCCCUGGGUGAGGUGACCUAUCACGACUACCACGGCAUACUGGUGGACGAGGAUGAAAACAUUCUCAUCAAGAGGGACCUUGGGCCUAUUAGCAAGGUGUUCAUCCUGAGGAACCAUGGCUUGGUUACUGUAGGCGCAACAGUGGAGGAAGCUUUCUAUUACAUGCACAAUCUGGUCACCGCCUGUGAGAUCCAGGUGAGAACGCUGGCCAGCGCUGGAGGGCCGGAUAAUCUGGUGUUGCUGGACCCAACGAAAUACAAGGCACGCUCGCGGGUCCCAGAGCCAGCAAGCGACGGGUCGUCCACACACCCGAAGUGGCAAGUCGGGGAGCAGGAGUUUGAGGCUUUCAUGAGAAUGCUCGACAACUUGGGCUACAGGACGGGCUACCCUUACCGCUGCCCGGCAUUGCGCGACAAAGCUAAAAAGUACAGCGACGCGGAGAACGCUGCCCCCGGCCACGGUGGCUACUCAUACGGGGAGGACAGCGACUCAGGCGCUCGCUCCCCGCUGAAGCAGAGCUUCCAGCGCGGCCAGCGCGACAAGACCCGCUGGGUCAAUGCCGGCAGCCGGCCCGACGAGCCCUGCGAGGACGGGCCCGACGGUGGCAGCCCCAAGUCGAAGCCUAAGGUGUGGACGAGCAUAACACACGAUCACGUCAAACCCUUGCUGCAGUCUCUCUCGUCUGGUGUCUGCGUGCCAAGCUGUAUAACCAACUGCUUGUGGACAAAGGAGGACGGACUCCGCCAGGCUGCCACAGCCAAUCAGUUCAUCCCAAUGAACACCAACCCAAAGGAUGUCCUGGAAAUGAGGAAUAAGAUCCGGGAGCAGAACCUGCAGGACAUAAAGACAGCAGGGCCCCAGUCCCAGGUUCUGUGUGCCGGCUCCGUAGUGGAUCGUAACUUCAACCAGAGAUUGUCUAUCUGGCAGGACGCCCCUCUGUCUGACUGCACAGACACUAUUGAUGACCUCGAUGUGUCCGAGGGGUCCUAUAGUCCUGCUAAAUCAAUUAGAAAGGGGGAGCUAGUGACCGCGUCUAAGGCCAUCAUCGAAAAGGAGUACCAGCCCAGGGUGAUCAUCAGCAAGCAGGGUCCCAACCCCUUCAACAAGCUCACCGACCAGGACAUGGAGGAGUACCGCAAGGAGGUGGAGCAGAAACAGAGAGGGCCUGAAGACUUGGAGCAGCUUGUAGAGCCGGAGGAGGAGGAGCCUCAAAACCAGAAACCAACCGCCACGCCGCCCAGCACCCCCGUCAGAGCAGACGAAGAGUCCUUACACGAGCAGACCUAUAAGGACGAGAGCGACGCCGCCACCCUGAGACAGACCCUUCCAGACCUGACACCUGAUGACCCCUCCGAUGCCCCGGCACUUCCUGCCGAGGAAUCCGCCCCCGCCGGCGCCGACGCGGCUGAGGGGGAGGAACCCGCUGACACUGGCGACCAGGAGGGAGAAGAGUCUCCCAGCAAAUCCCCCUCCAAAAAGAAAAAGAAGUUCCGCACACCGUCCUUCCUGAAGAAAAACAAAAAAAAGACUGAGUCCUAGAUUGGAGAAUGUCUGAUCGGUCCUCAAGGCUGGCCGCCGCCUUUUUUUUUUUUUUUUUUUUUUUUUUUUUUUUGUUUUUGUUUUUUUUCCCCUGCUUUUUGUCUGCACCCUUUGAGCUAGCCACAGUAAACACACAGUUAUGCUUUUUUUUGUUGUUGUUUUGAUAUAAUUCGUCGCUGGCUUAUUAACCUGUUUUUCCUCAUUAGUGCGUGCCAAUUUUGUAUACAGUGUAAAAAUGAUGGAUUGCAUAAAGGUUUUGAAUUAUUAGGGGCUUUUUUUUGUUUUUAGUUGCGAGUGAUUCAUUCUGUCUUCUCCGCUCCAUCUGGCCUUUGAUGCAUGUCUAUUACUACAGGCCCACACACUUACUGUGAGGUUUUAGGGUUUAAUGCUAAACUGUUGUAACCACUAGAAUGUAUUGGGAUUGUAUCAAAAAUAUGUAAGUGUCUUUUAAAAUCAAUGAAUGCAGAAAGAGAAGCUUGAACUCUCAUUUAACUGGCGGUCAUUUUUUUGAUAGUUACAACCACAAAUUGAAUCGUGCUAACUUUACCACUGAAGCUAAUUACAUGUUAGCAGGCCGGGAGAACUACAGUUGGGAUACUUUCUGUUGAUUAUUUAUGGGAAAUGCAGUCAUACAAAGUCCAUAUUAAUGUUUACGUAAUCCAAUAUCUUCAUUAAAUCUUCCACAAGCUAAAUCUCAUCUUUGUGUUUGACUUUUUAAACUUAAGCUCUUCGACCUGAAAGCAUUAAACACGGCCUUAACUUGCAGGUUGUGUAGUGCUGUAAGGUCUUCAUGUGAUGUGGAAGUUGGGUUAAAUACUUCACAAAACCAGAUGAACUCCUGCAGAUGAUGGUUUGAACCUACAGAUUUUGAGCUAGAAUCACAGCAUGAGCAUUGUGCUUUCUUUCUUUUUUUUUUUUUUUUUGUUUUUUAUUCCAAGGGUUGAUAACAUAUUUGCUACUGGCUGUAAGUGGUUAGUAGGAAGUAAUGUGUAAAAAACAUUUAUUAUUCUGAUUAUUUGAGCCUGGCUUUGCGUGCUGUGAGGGAGCACAGUGAACUUCCUCAUUUUGAAACUCACUGGGAACUCGUUCCACAUACUCGAUCAUAAACAUAGAUACAGAUGUUCCAGAACAUUUAAACGACGUCACUGUUCCGAAGCUGUGUAGAUCAACCUGGAUGGUUUCCAGUUGCAGUAAAGACACAAAGUACACUGGAGAAACUUUUUUUUUUUUUAUUAUUUAGCUGAUGUGUAAUCAAUGGAGUGAUUGCAUAUGAGCUGUGCUUGAGGUUGCAGGGCAUUAUACAAAGGCCGUCUCGUUGCAUUGCUAACUUCUGUGUAUUCAUCCUGUUUUAGUAAAAGGCAAAACUAACGGGAAGCUUCACCUAAUCUGAGACGCUUGAUAAGCCUUUGUUCACAGAUGUUGUACCUACAUCGUUGCAUACAAGCUGAGAAUGUCUAAGUCAUGAAGGGCUGCAUCUAAAGAGUGCUUACAGUGUGUACUGCUCAACUACCCCUUUUAUUUGAAAUGUAUUUUCUUAGCUUCAGUGUGCUAAUAACAAUACUUUAGUCCAUAGUUGUUGUAUUCUUUGUCUAAUCUUCCAAUUGAGAUGUCUCAGCAUUAUUAUAUCUACAGAUUUACCACUUCCACCUUUUUUUUUUUAUGGUCCUGCCUCUUUUACAACCAUGAAUAAAAUAAAUCCACUUACCUUGAAAAUCAA